GUCGAAAUGCCCUCAGUUUUCCACGUGGAUUAAACAUUGUCAUGUAGAUAUUGCGGGUUAAAAUCACGUGGUUCAAUUCGUUUUUGACCAGUUGGUAGUUGAAUCAGGAGUUGUUCAAGCCAAGUUACGCCGCUGCCUUUAUCUGUUGUUACGCCAUUGACAAAAAAAAAUGACUUCAUCCUUCAUUUUAUAGCCUACUGUUGCUAGCCAGGAGAUUUCCGUGAACAAAGCAGCCAAUCGUGUCGAUGUACAUACACUGUCUUAAUAGCACACGUGGCAACUCGAUGCUUGCUGUUCAAUUUGUCAGUGCAGUGAAAGACAAAUAUAUUAAUCCAUGGCAGAGCAACAAGCAAGAUAAAAUACAGUUUUAUUAUUAUUGAGCCGACUGGUUUCUAUUCCUACUAUCAGAUGGCGGUGGAAACUGUUCAUCAAGAGGACGUGCUAAAUGUGAUAUUGUGCCGAACCAGCGCAGGCGGGUGUCUUCGGGGUACUUACCGGAGAACAGAGCUACAGGUGUCAAUCAAGGUCCUCUCGUCUCGCACUGCAGGUGGAAGUGAGUGGACUGAGUGGAUGAGAGAUGUGGCUGUAGUCAGACAAGUCCAUUCAGAGCGGGUUUUGGUUCCUCUGGGUGUGUACAAGGCCUGGUGUCUGAUGGGCCUGCUGUAUGACUGGAUGCCAGAGGGCUCUCUACACUCUCUACUAUACCAGACCCAGCUGUAUCCAGGUCUACCCAUGAGUUUCAGGCUAGGCAUCCUAUUAGAUGUGGCAGAAGGGUUGUGCCACCUCCACUGCAUACCCCUCCCCCACCAGGCCCUGAAACCCACCAAUGUUCUCCUGGACCAGCAGUACCGGGCCAAGGUGAGUGACUGGGGCCUGCCCAGGGAGUGGAGGGUUGGCGCCUCUCUCUCUGCUGGAGGAGGGCCCUGCUUCAGGGACUUGGUGUACCUGUCUCCUGAGGCCCUGACUGGGACCACACCCUCUGUGGAGGCAGACAUGUACAGCUUUGGCGUGCUGCUGUGGGAGACAUUGAACAGAAGACAACCAUGUGAAGCAGAUUUGCUCCAGCUGCUUUCAGGUGAUGAUGGGAUUGGUUCAGGCCUGAAGGAUGAGCUGCUACCCAAGCAUGUACCCCACUGCCAUACCCUCUCUCAGCUGAUGACCAACUGCUGGAGCACUAACCCACACAGCCGUCCAACAGCAGAGGACUGUGCACUGGAACUGAGGAGUGCCAUAGCAACCUUUGAUCCCGAUGACAUGACAAGGGCUACCCUCAGGGUGAGGGAAAGCAAGGAGAGGGCACUACAUGACUCUAAAAUACAUCCUGUGAAGGACAUUCCCAUUGAGAUAAACAACCUAGAAGCCCGCGCUGGUUCCGGAGACGCUAAAUGUGUCGGCAACAAGACACUGCCCUUUCCACAGACUUCCUACCCUAGUAAAACACUCCCUAGUCCCACUACAGCCAUAUAUACAGGGGAAGCACCCCAGAGGAAGCACUGUCAGGACUGUGUGACUGGCUCUGCGGUGUCUUCCACCAGUCCCAGAUGUCCCAGCAGUGGACCGGGUCCUGAGCAUUCCAGAGGGACAGGAGGCGUCUCCCAGGGACAGAGACAGAGCCCACCACCCCCACUCUCCUCCAGUCCCUCCAAAGCCCUCAGACAGAGCCCUCUCAACCAGCCCACUGCCAGCUCCCAUGCAGCUGCACGGUGUGCGUCUCCGACUCCGAUGGCGGUGAGCUGUUGUCGUAUCCUGCGCGAGAGACGUGAAAGCAUCAUUCGAGGCAUGACGGAGGGACGACUCAACAACCUGCUGGAUGUGCUCAUCUCACGGCGAGCCCUUCCCCCGGAGGCCUGUGAGGUCAUCUCUGCCUCUCUGACACUGACCGCUCGCACACGCUCCCUACUGGACACCUGUGCCUGUCAGGGGGAACAUGCAGCUUCCCUGGUAGCUACCACCCUCGGUCUGAUGUCCAUUGCCACCAAUCAUUGCCCUCCACAGAUGUCUCACUGAAGGUGGAUGGAUGGUUAUUAGAAUGGGGGUUGUGUAGUGAAGGGCCCCUAACCAAAUGUAUCUGUUCACGGUUUAUCAUGUCAUACUGUAUCUCAGAGAGUGUCAAUUGAGACUGGAGCCUUGGAAUGAAGAGCUGAGGAACCCUAACCAAAUCUAUUCUAUACUCACUCAGGUCUAAUACAGACCACAGUCAGUCAGAGAACCUGAGAUUCCUAAUUUCUUCAUAACAACUGCAAUGACUCAUCUAUAUCCAUAGAGAUCCAUGUUGGGGGGGGACCUGUCCAUGCCAUUGAUAAGUCUU